AUUCAACUGUUCGUUUGAAAAUUCCACAAACCCCUCUUCUACGUUUCAGUUGGAAAAUGGAAGCAAAAAUGGGUUUCGAUACAAAAACACACUUGUAAUCCCAAUUCAACACCCACGCCAUUUUGCUUUUCGUGUUUCCUCCAUGGCUCAACCUCCGUGCACCUCCUCCUUUCGAACCCUUUUCUUCAUCCCAACUUGUCUCGCUCUCAACACCUUCCUUCUCAUCCUCUUCUACACCUCUUCCUCUUCCUCUUCCUCUUCCAGUUCCACCCAUACUUUCUUCUUCUCCCCUCCUUCCCAACUCCGUCAAAUCCCCACUCAGUUCCACCACUCCUCUAUUCCACUCCUUUCUUCUGCUCAGAACCUCAGUUUAGAAGACACCAAUGGUGGACCGGCCCUGCCUCACACUCAACCCUCUUCUUCGCUUCCCUCCUUUGGAAGAAGAAUCGAGCAAGCGAAGGGAGUGUUCCAUGAUGAAGACUUAUUUCUUGAAGACUACAAAGAAAUGAACAAGAGCUUCAAGAUCUACGUUUAUCCUCACAAGCGCAAUGAUCCCUUUGCACGUUCUCUGUUGCCAGAGGACUUUGAGCCCCACGGCAACUAUGCCAGUGAGAGCUACUUCAAGCAAUCUCUCUUCAAAAGCCAUUUCAUCGUAAAUGAUCCCAAGGACGCCGAUUUCUUCUUCCUGCCCUUCUCCAUCACCGGCCUCCGUAAUGACCGUAGGGUUAGUGUUAGUGGUAUCCCCAAUUUCAUUCGAGAUUACAUCUUUAGUGUUACCCACAAGUAUCCAUACUGGAAUCGAACUGGUGGUGCGGAUCAUUUCUAUGUUGCUUGCCAUUCAGUCGGACGAUCGGCCAUGGACAAAUCAAGUGAAGCUAAGUCCAGUGUUGUCCAAGUUGUUUGCUCUUCUAGCUACUUCUUACCAGGCUACAUUUCACACAAGGAUGCAGCUCUGCCCCAAAUUUGGCCUAGGAAACAAGACCCCCCAAACCUUACUUCUUCAAAGAGGACGAGGCUAGCAUUUUUCGCAGGAGCGAUGAACUCUCCAACACGUCAAGAGCUGGUUCGAGUGUGGGGUAAGGACGCCGAGAUCUUUGCUCAUUCAGGCCGUCUUAAGACACCUUAUGCCGAUGAGCUACUCAGGAGCAAGUUCUGCCUUCAUGUGAAAGGCUUCGAAGUAAACACUGCCCGAGUUGGAGACUCGAUCUUCUACGGAUGCGUUCCUGUGAUUAUUUCCAAUUACUAUGACCUCCCAUUUGGUGAUAUUUUGAACUGGAAGAGCUUCUCGGUGGUUGUAGCGACAUCAGAUAUCCCAAGCCUGAAGAAGAUUCUCAAAGGAAUCAGCGAUGAAGAAUAUGCAAUGCUGCAAAGCAAUGUGCUGAAAGUGCGCAAACACUUCAAAUGGCAUUCUUCUCCUGUUGAUUUUGAUACUUUUCACAUGGUUAUGUAUCAGUUAUGGCUUCGAAGAACAACAGUUCGACUUCGGUUGAUGGAUUAGAGAGAAUGUUCAAUCGAUCUUCUGCUAUUCCUACCCUUUUGCCAUUAUAUUGCAUUCAUCAAAUUUGUAUGAAGCCGAACAAGUUCAUGCAAGCUGAAUAGGAUCAAGCUCGAAGUUGUGUAUAUACAUUUUUUUUUUUUGGAAGUCACCUUCUCUUUUCUUCUGUUUUUUCUCA